AAAGACCGCUUUCUACUCUACAGUGGUCAUCCCUCCCAGAACAACUCAUCCUAGCGAUGGGCGACUUUGGUGCACCCCCAGUUAUUCCGCCAGAGUUCCAACUAUACAACUCAUACGAAGAAGACCCUAAAUGGCAACGCACAUUCACGAUCGUAUGGUGUUCUGCUCUCUCUGCCUCUGUUGCCUUCUCGUUGCCAUAUCUUGUGAAGUCAAUACGGAAUCAGAGGGCAUUCGCUGGGUUGUUUGGAGUUGGGGAGAGGUAUGCUGGGUAUGCGUAUAGUACGAUUGCGCCUGUUGAUGAUUUGGAUGAUGGAGGAUCAGGGUCAGAGAAACUUGGAUCGGAGAAGGCCCCUAAGAUUCCGCCAAGGAAAUGGAGAACGGAUCAGAGACAAGGACGGGGACGGGAGAGAAGUCUGUUGCAGGCUCGAGUGGAAGGUAUCUUGACCACUAUCUUUUCGGUGCUGUUGUGGUCUGCGCCAGGACUUGGGGUCAAUGUAGGACAAAUCAUCCUAUUGAUCGGAUACGCCGUCUCUGUCGUCGUGUGUAUCGUCAAAGACUCUAUCCUCGAAGAAAAUUCGAAUCGUGCAGGUUUCAUGGCCAUAGCUCAACUUCCCGUCGUCUUCCUCUUCGCCACCAAAAACUCUAUGCUGUCCUUCCUACUUGGCCCAGGCCACGGGUACGAGAAGCUUAACUACAUCCACCGAUGGUCCGGUCGUGCCAUGUUCGUAGGCGCUGUCAUUCAUGGAUCUCUGUGGAUUCAGAACCACCUUCGCUUCGGUUUGCCGAUCUUGGGGCAACAGAAGGAAACGACAGGUGUUGCAGCGUUAGGCGUAUUGUGUGCCAUUGUCCUGACGGCCCUCAGACCCGUGAGGAGGUGGUUCUAUGAGGUAUUCUGGGUUAUACAUGUCCUGUUAUUCGUGGCGUUCUUCGUCACGAUCUGUUACCACACGAUUUAUGCGCCCCCAUGGAUAUUCCCUCCGUUAGCAUUUUAUGCGUUUGAUAUGCUGCUGAGGCUGUUCAAGUAUCGAAUCAAAGACGCUACGUUGGCUGCGGUUGGCGAGCAGAUGACUUUGAUCCGAAUUCCGCACUGCGACACAGGCUGGGAAGCUGGCCAACACAUCCGGCUCCGUGUUUUCUUUUCCGGCCGCAUUUUCGAAUCCCAUCCUCUUUCCAUCAUGUCUGCACCACCUGAAACCUCUUGUCUCCGGUCUAGUGAUGGCAUUCCUAGUGGGAUCCUCCUAGGUGCGAGAGUCACAGGUGAUUGGACAAGAGCUCUGAAUCAGUACGCUACCGCUGAAAGCUACUCGACGAACCUUUUAACUUCGCUUGAACCCAAAACCAAGCAAGAAGGGAGUUGCGAAGGAGCUAUCACGCCUGUACCCGUUCAUGUGAUGAUAGACGGUCCCUAUGGCGGUUCGUCCAUCGACCUCGGUGAAUACGAGAGCGUAUUGCUCGUAGCCGGUGGAUCCGGGGCUACAUUCACACUCGGCCUCCUGGAUGACAUCGUCGGUCGUUGUAUCCGUUUGAAUCGACAACGAGGAGAACGUACUCGACGGAUCGAGUUUGCGUGGUGUGUCAAGUCGUUUGGGUAUCUCAAGUGGUUUGCUGCCGCAUUGGGGGAUAUCGCGGGGGUGGUACAUGACCGUCACCGCCAUCGCCAACAGGAUACAGACGUUGAGCUGGAUUUGGAUUUGCAUAUAUCGGUCUAUGUGACUUGUCUGUGUAAUCCUGAUGAGGUCCCUGACAUACCGAAUAUGGACGUGACGCUCGAGAGGCCGUCAGUGAAGGAGUUGUUGAGGGAGCUAGUUACGCCUCCGGACCCGGAAACUACUCCCACUUCGUCUAAGCUCCAGUGGGCCGGGCUUGGUGGGGGCGUAGCGGUGUGUGCGUCAGGGCCAGAAAGUUUGACGAGAGAAGCUUCGAACGCGGUUGCCUCUCUGGGUCUGACUAGAGGCGUUGAGUUGGGUGGGGUGAGCGUUCAUACAGAGGUGUUUUCGCUGUAGAUUGAAUUUGUAACACGUAUACGAUUUUUUUUGCAACUCAAUAGUAAGAAUAGCAAGGACUCAAAGCUAAGCAACUUGUAAUCCUCGUCAAUUUCUCGUCGUGAUGAAAUAUUAACUGCUGUGGUA